AUGACCCCACGUCUGCGACAAUAUUUUAGAAGAAAUAUAUACAGACCGUUCCGAACGGUUUUGAAAAUCGUUCUUUAUCGGGGUGAACAAUCGUAUCGUAAACCAGGAUCGUUGCUGUACGCAUGCUCAGCAUUUAGCGGCCAAUAUCGGACGAUAAAACUAGGAAUGGAAGUCAGUUCUAGCGGAAUACAUGCAGUAGCUGACCAAGCGAAAAGAUUUUCCAGAGACUUGUUCAACGAUAUUACCAAUAUAAAAGACACAUUAGACAAAAUUCAUGCGCUUGAAGCAGAAUCAUGUACACAGGAAGAACUGCUAUCGGCUGAGGAUCACUUAAAAAAGCUAAAGACUGCCUAUAUAACCAGUCAUAGCAAGAAAGAAUUAUACGCUUUGCUAACCAAUCCCAAUCCAUUACAGCUACUGAAUGAUAUAUCUGAAGAUAGUGAAAACGGUAAAGAUUUUAAUGAAUAUACUGUAGUAAGCACCGCCAGACUAUCUAUAACUACUAUGGAAUAG